CUUUAUGGUAUUGUCGUAAGUGCAGGUAACCUUCCCGACAAGAUGUGACCAUGAACUGGUUUUCUUUUACCAAAUUUACACAAACUUAUUAGAUUUGAUGUAUAUGUUGUUUACAAAAUGACUUCUGUAAUAUCACGAAUUCGUCCAGCGACAUCGUUAUUUUCGAGACACUUGGCACUAAGCAGAUCAGCAGCAGCUGGGAAUUCAGUUUUACAAACCAGUUAUUUCCACACAAGCGACCAGCAACAUGCAAAAAUGAAGACUAUUAUGAAGCAAGCAAAAGAUCCACCAUACUAUAAGCGAAUGAAUGAAAUUGUCUACCCACCUCAAAAAGAAGGAGAACUGAGAAGACCAGCUGAAAUUAACCACUGGCGUAUGAGGAUCAAAUAUAGCCCUGAUAAGAUGUGGUAUAUAGCCUGUUUGAUUCGCGGGAUGAGUAUUGAUGAUGCCUUGAAGCAGUUAACAUUUUACAAAAGGGAAGGUGGUCAGAUUGUGAAAGAUGUGCUUCUUGAAGCCCAAGAAAAGGCAGUAAAAGAACAUAAUGUGGAGUAUAAGUCCAAUCUCUGGGUUGGUAAGUACACUGAGGAGAGGUGUGACUUUCAGGUGUUUGCAGUUACCCUCUUAGUUCUUGCCCAAUAAUUAGUUACUAAAAAC